AUGCAGACGCCUGGCAACGGGUACACAGAAGGCUGGACGUUACGAGACCAAGCGACCGAGUACAGUCGUCUACAGCAGGAGAAUUUCAACCACAAGAUGCGCAUCCAUUUCCUGGAAGAGCAGCUCAUCCGUCUCAACAACGGCGAUACGGUAUUUGGGAGUGAGGAGUUGCAAGUGGAAGUGGCUCAGCUUCGCAGUGCACUUGGGGAACGUGACCAGCUACUGGCGGAACAAGAUGCGGCGAUGAAUCGAGCCACUCAAGCCAUCGACAUGCUGAAAGAGCAGCUUCGCGAGGCAGAACAAACGCGGCGAUCUGUUCUCAGAACCAAUGACGUAGAAGCUGUACGUGCAGAGCUUGAGAGCGUGGUACAGAAGAGUACACGCCGAGCGCGUGAGCUUGAAUUGGGGCUGAGUUUGACAAGGGAAACGGCCGAAUCGCUGAGUAAAGAGCUGCAGUAUGCGCAGGAGAACUACAGGACAAGCAUGGAUAUCGCGGAGAAGUCAAAGGCACGUGACUUGCAAAUACUGCAACAACAGAAGAGCGAUGUCGACAUGCUUCGUGAGGAGAUAGCGCAUAUGACGAGAAUGAGUCAAGGCAAGGAUGAAUUGGUGGUGAGUUUGCGCGCAGCAGUGAAUUCAUUGCGGCAGCGUAAGGAGCAAAAAGCGAAGGAGCACACUGUUGCGCUUUCUAGACUCUACCAGGAAGCGGUGGAGAUGAAGGUGAAAGAAGAGCAAUGCCACUCAAAAUGGCAUGCUGCAUAUGCUCUACUGGAAAGAACGUGGAAGGACGAGCUGUCUGGGCUAGUAACACGACAUGGAACUAAUGGAGGAGAGCGCUAA